AUGCAUUGCAAUGAGCUUCGCGACUUCUGUUCUGUUCCAAUCCAGAAGCUCUUACUGAUUGCGGAUAUCCUGCAGUCGUCGCCCCAAUGGCAAAGCCAAAUCAGCCUUGCGGACAUCGCCAACAUCGAACGGACAGACCUCAAGCCCUACUGCUUGCUCUUGGAGACCAAGGAUAAGCGGAUCUUCUUCUCGCUGAAGAGCGACGAAGAACUUUACGGCUGGCAGGAUGAUAUCUACUCGCGAAGCCCGUUGAUGGGCGUCAGCAACCCUACCAACUUUGUGCACAAGGUCCACGUUGGUUUCGAUCCGGUAUCAGGGGCUUUCACCGGUCUGCCAGACGCAUGGAGCAAGCUGCUCACGAAGUCCGCCAUCACCCGCGAAGACUAUGCAAAGGACCCGCAGGCCGUGUUGGACGUGCUCGAGUUCUACACUGAUCACCAGAAGCGCGAGAUGGAGGAGCUUGGGUAUGGUUCCUCACGCGUCGGCGGUAGCUCAUUCGGCUCCAACUCCUCGCUCUCACCAUACUCGGCGGACUCUUCGAGCGCCCCGCGCUUCAAUGCGGGCACUGGCCUCGGCGGCGUGGGCAUGUCGUCCAAGAUCUCCCCUCUCAACGACCGUCCGCAGAUCAAGCGCCAAGACUCUGCACCGGCGCACAUGAACGGCGACAACACCAACGGGACGCAGGCUGCGCUUGCACGCGCCGCUGAGAUGGUCAACGGCUCGCAUAUCCAGCACGCCAACACUGUCUCCGCCGCGCAGUCGAACUCGGCCAUGCGCGCACCAAUACCGCAGAUGACGCCCGGCCAGCUGCAGGCGUCGCGCCCAGCACCGGCUCGUCCACUCCUCACCGCGAACCGUGCUGCGCCGCCCGCCCCUGGGAAGCCUCCCCUUCCUGACCAUUCGCCAUCAUCUACGGAGCUUCGGCUGCGUGCGAAGGCGCAGGGCCCGGAGACGCAGGCGCAGACUGUGAAGCCGCCAGGGCUGCAGCAGCCCGAGCGCAAGGACUCGCUCGACCGGGUGGGCAACGGCACACGCCCGAACCUCGUCCCUGCGAAGUCGUCCCCUGCGACGGGCCAGCCUGCAUCCCAGCCUGCGUCUGGCCCGGCGGGAUCGACGGUGGGCCCUCCCCCAAUCAAGCCAUUGCAGCCCGCGAAGAAGCCUGCGCUUACCGUGACCUCGCCCGAGGGUGAGGAGCGCGGUGGCGGAGUGGCGGCGGCGGCGGCUGCGCUGGAGAAGCCGAGCAUGAAGGAGAAGGAGAAGCGGAUCAGUUCGAUGAACGAGGCGCAGAUCAUGGAGAAGCUCCGGAGCGUCGUGAGCAAGGACGAUCCCAAGGCUCUAUACAGCAAGAUCCGCAAGGUCGGGCAGGGUGCGUCCGGACAUGUGUACGUCGCGAAGACCCACGCGACUGGCAAGAAGGUCGCCAUCAAGGAGAUGGACCUGUCGAACCAGCCGCGCAAGGAGCUCAUCGUGAACGAGAUCCUGGUGAUGAAGGAGUCGCAGCACCCGAACAUCGUCAACUUCCUCGACGCGUACCUCAUCCGCAACAACGAGCUUUGGGUGGUCAUGGAGUACAUGGAGGGAGGUGCGCUCACGGACAUCAUUGAGAACAACACGCUCGAGGAGGACCAGAUCUCGAGCAUCUGCCUGGAGACGUGCAAGGGUCUUGGCCAUCUGCACAGCCAGUCAAUCAUUCACCGUGACAUCAAGUCGGAUAACGUUCUGCUGGAUGCUCAGGGCCACGUCAAGAUUACCGAUUUCGGUUUCUGCGCGAAGCUCACGGACCAGAAGUCGAAGCGCGCGACGAUGGUG